CAACCCUGCGCCCGCCCCAGCCCACGAUCAGCCCUGCGCGGAGGUGGGGGGUGCGUCCUGCCGAAACCGAAAGCCCCGCCCCGAGUGACCCGACCUUCCGGGGGUGACAAGGGGUCCGCUGCGAGAGACCGGUGGCCAUGACCGGCAGAGCCCGCAAAGAGGCGGUGCAGGCCGCGGCCCGGGAACUCCUCAAGUUCGUGAACCGGAGCCCCUCACCUUUCCAUGCUGUGGCUGAGUGCCGCAGCCGCCUCCUCCAGGCUGGCUUCCAGGAACUCAAGGAGACCGACAGCUGGGAUAUCAAACCCGAGAGCAAGUACUUUCUGACCAGGAACUCUUCCACCAUCAUCGCCUUUGCUGUGGGGGGCCAGUAUGUUCCUGGCAAUGGCUUCAGUCUCAUUGGUGCCCACACGGACAGCCCCUGCCUCCGGGUGAAACGCCGGUCUCGCCGUAGCCAAGUGGGCUUCCACCAGGUGGGAGUGGAGACCUAUGGUGGUGGGAUCUGGAGCACUUGGUUCGACCGUGACCUGACCUUGGCUGGACGCGUCAUCGUUAAGUGCCCCACCUCAGGCCGGCUGGAGCAGCGGCUGGUGCAUGUGGACCGGCCCAUUCUCCGCAUCCCACACCUGGCUAUCCAUCUGCAGAGAAACGUCAAUGAAAACUUUGGGCCCAACACGGAGAUGCACCUAGUCCCCAUUCUUGCCACAGCCAUCCAGGAGGAGCUGGAGAAGGGGACUCCUGAGCCAGGCCCUCUAAAUGCUGCGGAUGACCGGCACCACUCAGUCCUCAUGUCCCUGCUCUGCACCCAUGUGGGGCUGAGCCCUGAGGACAUCGUGGAGAUGGAGCUCUGCCUUGCAGACACCCAGCCUGCGGUCCUGGGGGGCGCCUAUGAGGAGUUCAUCUUCGCGCCUCGGUUGGACAAUCUGCACAGCUGCUUCUGUGCUCUGCAGGCCUUGAUCGAUUCCUGCGCAGCCCCUGCCUCCCUGGCCACGGAGCCCCAUGUGCGCAUGAUUGCACUCUAUGACAAUGAAGAGGUGGGGUCUGAGAGCGCCCAGGGAGCACAGUCACUGCUGACGGAGCUGGUGCUGCGGCGGAUCUCAGCCUCGCCCCAGCGCCUGACUACCUUCGAGGAAGCCAUACCCAAGUCCUACAUGAUCAGUGCUGACAUGGCCCACGCGGUACACCCCAACUACCUAGACAAGCAUGAGGAGAACCAUCGGCCCUUAUUCCACAAGGGCCCUGUGAUCAAGGUGAACAGCAAGCAGCGCUACGCCUCGAAUGCGAUUUCUGAGGCCCUGAUCCGAGAGGUGGCCAACAAUGUUGGGGUGCCCUUGCAGGAUCUGAUGGUCCGCAAUGACUCCCCUUGUGGUACCACCAUUGGACCUAUCCUGGCUUCUCGGCUGGGGCUGCGGGUACUGGAUUUGGGCAGCCCCCAACUGGCCAUGCACUCCAUCCGGGAGACAGCCUGCACCACGGGAGUACUCCAGACCCUCACGCUCUUCAAGGGCUUCUUUGAGCUGUUGCCUUCUCUGAGCCGCAACCUCAUAGUGGAUUGAAGCCUCUUGGAAAGACUUCCAACUUCCCACCGCUUUGCCCUUGAGAGGGGAAGUUCUCAGCUGAGCUGAAGCUGGAUUAUUAAAGUAGAUUUUUCUCUCAAAGUCAUGCUGCUGAGCUUAUUUGGAGACUCGAGGUGUUGGAUUGAGCCAUGCUUGAAUCUCUGGAGCCAGAACAGAGGGGCGAAGCUCCUGGGAGCUGAUGGGGAGGACUGAUUUCAGAUCUUUUUUCUCUUUCUUGAGCCCAUGCCUGAAGUGGGUGAAGGGUGGGCUGGAUCCACAACUGGAAGAUAUUUCAUCUCCCUCCCCCAGCCCUCCCUUCCGCUGGAAGAUGGCUUUAAUGCCCUUCCGCCUUCCAUCCCCUGGAUCAAAAUAGUCCAGGAGCCCAGCUCGGCCCUCUGGGGUCUCCACGUGCAGUGUUAGGCCCGCUCCAGAGCUGGCCUAGACGGCCAAGGCUGUUUCUAGCCUCCCCUGCCCCUCCCAGGAACUGCAAAGAGAACAACACAGUCUGUGCUUCAUUGUCCUUCAUCAUCUACUUCUGAGCAGGCCCUGUAAAUAUAUUAUCAGGGGAAAAGAUUAUCACUGAAAAAUUCAAAUAGGAAGAAUCAGAGUCUGCUUAUAAACCAACUUUCACCCUCCCAUCAAGAUAAUUGUGUAAACUAGCGUUCUUCCAAAAUUUUUGAGAUCUGUAUAAAAACUUGGGAGUCCCUGGGUAGUGCAAACAGUUAAUGCACUUGGCUGCUAACCAAAAGGUUGCAAGUUCAGGUUCACCCAGAGGUGCCUUGGAAGAAAGGCCUGGCAAUCUGCUUCUGAAAAAUCAGCCAUUGAAAACCCUAUGGUGCAUAGUUCCAUUCUGACACACAUGGGGUUGCCAUGAGUCAGAGUUGACUCAGCGGCAACUGUUUUUUUUACAAAAAAUUUAAUUUUUACAUAAAUAUGACUAUAUUGGCUUUUUAACAAGUUAAUAUGAUAUAGAGAUAUUUCCGUAUCAAUACAUACAACUUAAACUUAGCAGUGGCAAAAAAUUAGAAUCAACCUAAAGAUUUAUCAGUAAAGGCAAAGCCAAAUGCAUUAUGAAAUGUUUGUGUUAUUGAGUUGUUGAGAAGGUUAAUAUUGACUAACAUGAAGAGAUCACAAAGACACUGUCGAGUGGAAAAAUCCAGUUGCAGGAUUAUAGAGUGUGAUGCAAUUUGUGCAAAACCCACGUGUCACAAGACAUUACGUUUUUAUGGGAUGUAUGUAUGCAUAUAUAUGUGUAGAAAAAUGUCUGAAAAAAUGCACAUCAAACUUUCACAGUGGUUUUCUGGGAUGGGGGUGACAAAGGGGCCUUAGCCCUACUUGUAAAGUUUUCCUUUUGUACAAGAGAAUGUAUUCAUGUUAGUAUGUAAGAAAUGUUUUACCUUAAAACUAUCUGUCCUUGUAAUUACUGCACGGUGUUUAUUGUAUGGUGUUCCUGGUUGCUGUGGAGUUGGUUCUGAUGCGUGGUGACCCCAUGUGUAGAUGUACCAUUGUUUAUUCAGUGCCGUAUUGAUGGACAUUUAGAUUUUUCUCCCACUUGCUGACAAUUCUAAACAACACUGAGAUGUAUCACUGGACACUUGUAGGCUUAUUUUUUUCCCUUGGGACAAAUUUCUAGAAAGGAAUUAUGGGAUUAAAGGGUAUGUAUGUA